GUUAUAUGGGAGAUGUUUCUUUAUCAAAAGUAAAGAUCUUUUCAUUAUUGAAAUUCAUUUCAAAUUAUCCAACUUCCUACCACAUGUAGCAAGCUACUGUGUUUUGCAGAUUCAAAAUUUGAGAGGAAAGGAUCAAAUUGGCCAUGGAAAAUUAUUUAAUGGUUCAUGACAUUUUUUUACCACUAUUAACCGCAUGAACUAGACAUAAGAAGAGCUACGUACAAUGAAUAAUUAUGUUAUCAAAGUGAAAACACUUACUAUAUAGAUGCCCUAAUUGCUUGCAGAGAAAAUCCCACUAACACAAGAUGAAUAAAACCAAGUCUUGGAUUCUUAUGAGGUGCUGAAAACACACAUGCAACUAAUUCGUGCUUACAGGGGUCUUCAAUAAUAUUUGUCGAAAACCACUUUCCCAUGUAAUAGCUUCCAUUUUCAAAAAGGAUUCUUCACUUUUAGGUGGUAAAUUUGAUGCUAGCAACCUUCACCAGGCCCUGUGACUAAAAAUGUGAUAAGAAGGAACAAUUGAGGAUAAAGAGAAAAAAAAAAAAUUUGGACCAUUUCUCGAUUUGUGCGUGUCAUCCUUGCGCAGGGGCCAUGCUAAUCUUCUCUGUAUCGUUCCAAUUUUAUCGGAUGUCCCCGAAGGGACACUCUCUGCGUGUUUCUUUUGCUAUAUAUUGUGUCAUGCUUUGAUAAUACUGUUCGAUGUGGGGCUUCUUCUGACAACAAAUGCUGGGUACAAUGUAGAGUAGGUGCUGCCCAAGCCCAACUGAAAGGAAGAUACCUCGCAUUCAUUUUUCGCUUAAGUUCUUCUUAACUUUUUCAAUCGUUUGCACUUUGCAAAGUACAAGAGACACUCUUUUGACGGAAUUCGAAUGUCUACCCCUCAUUUCCAAAAGGCAUAGGUUAGUGUCCUAAAUCAAACGGUGGUUAUCUCUCAUGAUUUUUUCACGAUUUAUUUUAAUAUUAAAAUAAGUAUUUUUAUGUGGGUAGGAUUACUGCAGUAAAAAUUUUAAGUGAAGAGGAUCUACUUGUUGCUGUUGGACAUGUACAAGUUAAGGAUUAAAUUAACCAUAUUUUUUUUUAAUUUGAGUAUUUUUGCAUAUUAUAAAAAAAUUUAUAAAAUAUAAUGUAAUUUAAUGUAUUAAUAAUGUUAUUAAUGCUAUAGUUUUUAAUAAAAUUUUAUUAUUUAUUUUGUAUUGCACGGGUUAAAAAUAAUUAAAUUACUUGUAAGCUUCUAAGUGCCCAUGCAUGGCUACAACAACAUAAACAUUAUUCUGGAAAUAUUAUAUUUUAUUUUUCAUUUAGCCAAAAUUGAGAUGAAUGUACAUUCUUUUUCAAGGUUAAACGUGCCCAAAACAAUAUUAACAUACAUUUUUAUUUAAUAAACGUAGUAAAAUAGGACAAAGCAUAAACAUAACAUAAAAUACUAGUCACCUAAAGCUGAAGUCCUGUCUCCGAGGCUCACAUAAUUACUGGAUGUGGCAGUCAGAGCUAUGAUCAAAUGAUAGCUAGAUUUCAAAGGGAUUUAAACUUCUGCUCUCUCCUGCUGAAUUGUGAGAUCUUUUAUUUAAACGGUAAUUAAUGGUCAAAAAGAAUAUUCAACUUGUUUGAAUAAAAACUGACUCCAAAGAAAAUUACUCGAUUGUUUAAUGUCAUUUCUAAAAUUAGGAGUAUGUUAAAAACUUUUCAAGUUAGAUAUAUUCUUAAAGAGGGGAAUAAAUAUGCUGAUUUGCUUGCUAAAAUAGAAUUAAAUUUCUCUGAAGGGUCUUCCUUUUGAAUCCUUUUUUUGAGUCUAUAUUAGUUGGAGUCUGUUCUUCUAGCUUUUCUAUGUAGUCCUGUUUUUGUUCUGGACUUUUUUAGCCCCUUUAAUAGAAAAAAAGAAGAAGAAAAAAGCAUAAACAUAACAUGAAUUAAAUUUCAUGUUAAAAGAAAAAAAACACUUUCUUAGACGAUACGGUACACAACGUUGCAUCAACUCCAGGUACCUCGGAACUAUGUCUGCGUCCCAAUGGCAUAACAUUAUCGCUACAAAUCUCAGUAUCUGAAGAGCGAAGGAAAAUGGCUUCAAAUAUUUGCUCCUCUCACCCUGCGCUUUUCCACGAUCGUCAAUAUGUUUCAAACCCAAUCUCUUCUUCGUCGUCUUCUUUGCUUAAUUUCAAAGUUCUUAACGUUACUUCCUCCCACAAACGCCACGUGCUUCAAUGCAAAACCUUUCUCCACCCCAACACUCACGCGUCACAGCAAGAAGCAGAUUCUCAUGACCCAGAUGCAAAUUCUUCACCUUUAUCAAAAGACUGCAUUUGGGUCAAUCCCAAUAGCCCCAGAGCCAAACACCUCAGAAGAAAAUCAUCCACUGCCAGGUACAUUUCUCUUACCAGACUCACCGAGUCAUUGAACUCGUGCAAUCCCAGUGAGCAACACGUGUCCACAAUUUUGAAGGGUCUAGGAGACAAGGUUUCAGAACGAGACGCUAUGUUUAUUCUCGAUAAGAUGGUGAAUUCCGAAACUGCACCCUUUGUUCUUAGACACUUUCAGAAUAAGAUUAAACCCUUCAGAGGCAAAGAGGUGAUUCUUUACAAUGUGACACUUAAGGUGUUUAGAAAGUCUAGGGAUUUUGGAGGAGCAGAGAAGCUGUUUGAUGAAAUGCUUCAAAGAGGGGUCAAACCUGAUAACAUUACGUUUUCAACUAUGAUUAACUGUGCUAGGAUGUCUGCUUUGCCCAAUAAGGCUGUGGAGUGGUUUGAGAAGAUGCCAAGCUUUGGUUGUGAACCUGAUGACAUCACAUGUUCAGCUAUGGUUUACGCAUAUGCGCGAACUAAUAACGUUGAUAUGGCUUUGAGCUUAUAUGAUCGUGCAAAAGCUAAGAAAUGGCGCCUCGAUGCGGCUACAUUCUCAGCAUUGAUUAAGAUGUAUGGCAUGUUAGGAAAGUAUGACGAGUGCUUGAAAAUCUACCAAGAAAUGAAGGUUCUUGGCGCGAAGCCUACAGUGGCGACUUAUAACACUCUUUUGGGUGGCAUGUUCAGAGCUAAGAGGCCUCGGCAGGUGAAGACUAUAUAUGAAGAGAUGAGAAGUAAUGGAGUUUCAGCAGAUUUUAUAACAUAUGCAUAUCUUUUGCGAGUCUAUGCGAAAGCACAAUUUAGCGAAGAUGCUCUCGGUGUUUAUAAGGAAAUCAAGGGGAAUGGAAUGGAUAUGAGCGCAGAUCUUUAUAACAUGCUCUUAGCUAUGUGUGCUGAUGUUGGUUGCAUUGAUGAAGCUGUUGAAAUUUUUGAAGACAUGAAGAGUUCUGGCAAAUGCCAGCCUGACAGCUGGACUUUUUCAUCCUUAAUUACCCUAUAUUCGUGCAAUGGAAAGGUUUCGGAAGCAGAAGGAAUGUUGAAUGAAAUGAUCCAAUCUGGAUUUCAGCCUACUAUUUUCGUUCUGACAUCACUUGUUCAGUGCUAUGGAAAAGCCAAGCGAACUGAUGAUGUUGUGAAGAUAUUUAAGCAACUCUUUGAUUUGGGUAUUGUUCCAGAUAUUCGCUUCUGUUGUUGUCUUCUGAAUGUUAUGACUCAAACGCCAAAAGAAGAGCUGGGUAAGCUAACAAAUUGCAUUGACAAGGCUAAUACAAAACUUGGAUCUGUGGUAAGAAAUUUGGUACAAGAGCAGGAGGGUGAUGAAGAUUUUAGAAAAGAAGCAUCAGAACUUUUAAAUUCAAUUGAUGCUGAUGUAAAGAAACCCUUAUGCAAUUGUCUAAUUGAUCUUUGUGUCAACCUGAAUGUGCCUGAUAGAGCAGGUGACCUUCUGGACCUAGGACUUACGCUUGAGAUAUAUACAAAUAUACAAUCCAAAUCUCAAGCUCAGUGGUGUUUGCAUCUAAAGGAACUCUCAGUUGGAGCUGCUAUGACUGCUUUACAUGUUUGGAUAAAUGACUUGUCUAAGGCAUUGGAAUCUGGGGAGGACCUUCCACCACUACUUGGAAUUAAUACUGGGCAGGGAAAACACAAGUAUUCAGACAAAGGUUUAGCUAGUGUACUUGAAUCACAUUUGAAGAAACUCAAUGCUCCAUUCCCUGAGGCUACAGAUAAGGCUGGCUGGUUUUUGGUUACAAAGGUAGCUGCCCAAUCGUGGCUGGAGUCCAGAGGUUCAACCAAAUCGGUUGCUGAUUUGAACUCUAUGGUUGAGGGUGUUCCAACAAUGGUCCUUCAGCAUCGAUAGUGUUGUUUUAUGAACCAUGUGCCAUGUUAAUUUAAUGCUUUUUCCUAUUAAUUUUUACCAGUAUAUUUAAGCUAUUAAUUAAC